UGGAUCUCGCGAGAGAAGUUGUCUUACGCUGUAAAUAUGUAAAUGAUCGUGAACUCUGAGCUGAGGCUACUAUCUCCAUCUGCAGAAAAUACACAUGACACACAUAAUCGCACAGCAAGGCUGAAUGUACAGGCAGGCUAUGCACUGGUGUUAAAUGUCGGGGAAGUGAAACGGACCAGAAAAUCCCCACUAUAGCGUUCCUUGACAAUCUGUCUCCCAUUCACAGUUGCAUUUGUUCAGCUCCAAACACAUGCAAGUGAUGAAUUACAGGUGACAUCAUCAACCUGACAGCCAACCCUGGUCUUGGAAUGCCUCAGGCACUUCAGCUUUUUCAUUUAACCUCGAAGACCAGGGCCCGGUUUUCCAAAAGCAUCUUAAGGCUAAGUUAAUAGUUAUAACAAUAUCGUUUAUUAUUAUUUUAUAUAUAUAUAACAUGCCUUAGGCAAAGCGGGCACAAGUGUGUUUGAAUUUAGGCAAUCACUAAACUGAUCAAUUAGCUCAGUUGGUUAGGUGCCGUGAUUAUUUGGAUGUGGGCCUCAAGGAAUAGGGUUGCCUGCCUCAUUUGAUUGCUUUUCCCCCUGUCUCAUUUCCUACCUUAACACUUGAUUGCUGACUUUGUAGGUGACCUUUAAAAAUAUUUUUUUUUGUUUUUUUUUGUCGGAAAUGUGGACUUUUUGUCUUCUCUGCGUCUGUUUACCAUGGUCGUCGUGCCGUGACGCAGAAACAGCUGCUAACGUUGCGGCUGAAGGCAGAGCGGAGCUGCAGAGGGUUCGGAACCUUGCGGCCCAACCGCGCUAUGGUGAAUGUUGGUCUAAUGCGCUGGAGAAUAUCGACGCGCGUUGCAGAGACUUCACAGUUGAUAUACAGAGUAGGAUUGCUCUACAUUUUACCCACUGUCACCUGCGCAAAUCUGGCCGUACAUUCCCAGCAUGUCCAGAGGGCAGCGAGGUCAGCCGCUGUACUAGAACUAUGGAUGCUGUGGCCUUCAACGCCUACACGGAAUUCUUCACCCACGCCCACAGCAUCUGUCGACACCUGCAGAGUGAGAGCUGGCAACACCAGGCUGAGGACACCAUCCACAGGCUAACAGAGAGCUCAGCGGGGGUGGUGGAGCGAUUGUCCUCUACCCAGCGUAUGGCUGAGAGCCUAGUGGAGGCCCAGAGCGUCGCCCUCAAGUCACAGGAGACGAUCCUACGCAACGGAGAGGAACUCAAACACACUCUCCACCAUUCUACCCAAGGCAUCAGAGCAGUAUUUGAUGAGAUGAGACUGUCAACCCAGGAGCAACAAGUAGCAUUCGCAGAGAUCUUCAACCGUGUCACUUUCCUCCAGAGUUUCAUCAUGUCAGAGUCUCACACCCUCACCAGUCUACUCUACAACUCACUGGGGUUCCUCGUCUCCUUCUUCCUCACCUCGACACAACGGACUGCUCCAGCCAGGUUUGUUCUGUUUGGUCUGGUAGUGCUGAAUGUGUACCUGGAGAGGAUGCUCUGUAGAGCGGUGCUGGACUCCUCUGAACCAGGCUACCAGCAGAUGGAGAAAAUCAGCCUGUUGGUGGGCCUCCUCAGAAGGGCCAUGGUUCUAGUGGGUCUAUUGGCUCUGGUCUACGUUGCUGUACGGUAUCGUAACGUCACCAAAGAGAGCCUGGAGAUCCUCACCCAACUCAAAGAGACUCGUACAAGUCUUCAGCUGGCCCUGCAGAAAGCAGAGAGUCUCUCUGAGGCGGUGGACAGGAGGAGCAGCGGAGCAAGAGGUCGAAGGUCAGAACAACGACCCAGUAGUAGGAAGGAGAAUAAGGAAGAAAACAGCACUUCAGAUUUCACAUCAGAGAAACCCUACAUGACUCAAACCUAUGAUGGCUGGCAGUAUGACAGCAGUCACAGCACCCCUGGAGGAGAGGAGACCUCCAACCAGACCUCGACCCAGACCCAACGUACCCUGCCCAGCCCUGCAAGACCUCAGCGUCGCUCCUCUGUCUCUAGACGUGCCCCGUCCUCCCCUUUGGUCUACAGUAUACUGGUGGAGGAUAAGCAGGGACGCUACAAUCUGAGGAACCGGAGAUCUUCUGUGUCAGGCCUGGGGACAGACAUGGGCCUGGGGACAGACAUAGCGAGGGACUGACAGACCGACUGAUUUAGAUCAAAGUGUACUCAAACGCUCUUCAGCCUUGGCUAAAGGAAUACUUUUAUGGACUGAGAUGAUUCAUGCUUCAACCUGUCUGGUUCAUAGCAGUGAAGCAGCUGAUCCCACGAUACAUGUGUUAAAUAUUGGCCAUUUUCAUGACUAUGAAUAUCACUGGUUUUCAGGAAUGUAGUAAUGCAAAACUGUCUCAAUCUUGUGUAUUUUAAGCAAAUAAAGCUUUGAAAAUUUU